UUGUACUUUGUGCAAUUGAUAAUAGAAUGCGAUGAAAAUAAAGAAGUGAAGAAGUAAAUCGCAACCAUGGCGAGUAGAAAUGUCUCUUCAAAGCUCCUGACGCCGCAAGAAAAUGAUAUAUUUUUCGGUUUGGUAGGAAGCAAAAGUGCGAGUGUUGCCACCGCAGUUGCUCAGGUCUACUUCUAUGAGAACGGUUGGAACAAGAAAUUCUGUGGCGUCAUAAGCUUCUGCAAAGAUAACGAAAAGCGAUCUUACUUCAUUAGAAUUUUCGACCUGCAUAGUGGACGAAUGUUAUGGGAACAGGAACUCUACAACCAAUUUAGAUAUGAUACUCCGGAGUCCUUCUUUCAUAUGUUUGCAACAGACCAUUGUUGGGCCGGGUUGAACUUCGCCAACGAGGUUGAGGCCAAUGGUUUUAAGCAGGUGAUCAAUGAUAAGAUCCAACGUAGACAGCAAAGGAGACAAGAAAAGAGACGUCCUGCCCCAUCUACGCCAAGUCCAGAUCCUAAGCCUCAGAAUGUGGUACACGCCCCCUCACAUGCAACCCAGCAAGGCGUUUCCCAGUCAAGCGCAAGCUCAAAACGCAGAGCUUCCAGCUCGAGCAAAGAGGACAAGAAGAAAGAUAAAGCUGAUAAAGGAGGAAGAAAGAAACUCACCAAAGCUGAUAUAUCCUUGCCUUCUGGUUUCAAGCAUGUCAGCCAUGUUGGAUGGGAUCCUGAAAAGGGAUUUAAUGUUGAUGAGAUGGACCCUCAGGUCAAAGGUUGGUUCAACACUAUUGGUGUGUCCGAUGACCAGCUCAAGGAUCAGAACACAGCCAAGUUCAUCAGGAACUUCAUCGACCAGCAUGGAGGUCUUGAUGCUCUCAAGGAGGAUGCAGAGAGAUUAGGAGAAGAUGACUUUUUGCAAAGUUUUGGUGGUUUUGGUGGUAAUCCUUUGGAAGGGCUAGCAAGGGCGGCGGGCAGCAGUGCACCGCCUCCCCCACCUCCAUCACGGGGAAGCCACGCACCCCCUCCGCCCCCAUCAAGAACCCCUGGUCCACCUCUUCCAAAUCGGCCUCCUGCACCCCCUCCCCCAGGGAACUCAAGAGGUCCACCCCCUCCUGCUGUGCCCCCAUCCAGAAGUUAUCCCUCUGCUCCAGCCCCUUCUCGUGGUCUUCCCCCUCCCCCUCCCCCGCAGUCGCAACAAUGCACCUCCAGCUCCACCCCCAACAAGACCCAUGACCUCGGCUCCUCCACCCCCGCCACCUCCACCUUCGGCACCAAUGCCGCCUCCAAUGAAUGGAUCAGUACCCCUCCUCCACCCCCUCCACCAGCUGCUCCCAUGGGGGGUGGUGGUGGUGGUGGGCGUGGUGGCCUCCUUGAUCAGAUACACCAGGGGACAGCCCUAAAAAAAGUGGACCAUGCUGAUAACCCUGCACCGGCGUCAACUGGACGUGGAGCUCUGUUAGACCAAAUCAGAGGUGGAAAAGCCCUUAAGAAGGUCACACAAGCUGAGAAAGAGGAAUCUCCUGCUUCCACACCAAACAGUGGUCUAGGAGCUGCUCUCUUUCAGGCACUACAACACAGGGCUGUUGCCAUACAAGAUGAGCCGGAAGACUCUGACAGCGAAGAGUUUGAUGAAGAUGAAUGGGAAGAUGAUUAGAUACCAAGCAGGUCUGUUGAGGACGAUGAUGAGGAGGAUGCAAGUAUGAGAGGGUGUUGUUUUUGUAGGUGGGGAAAAGGGGGUAGAAUAAGCCGUCCUGGGCCCCAUUGCAUAAAACUUAUACGAUUGGUGGUAACUUUGCUGCUAAAGGUAACUUCCUUGAAAACCUUAAUAUUAUUGGCUGUUGAGUGAUGUUGAUAUUGAUGGCAAAUUUACCAUCAGUAGUAAGUUUACAUUUUUAUGCAAAGGAACCCAAGGCUCAGUCUUGUAAGGAGUUGUGAUUGAUCUGGGUUGCUUGUAGCUCCUUGAAACAAUAUCGCAAACCUACAAACUCUUAUCUCUGUUGGUCAGAAAAAGGGGGAAGAAUUAGGAAGUCUUAUAGCAAGUUGCCAUUGGUCCAAACUAACUGCAGAGUUGUAAUUUCAAAUCAAGUUGUUAUUAAAUUAAAUCAAUCACAGCUGUCUAGAAGACAGGGUUCUGGUCAUCUUAUCAAAGAAGAGGAUCACCAUAGUUGGGUAGUAAUACAUCAAUAACAACAAUGUCACAAACAAUUAUAGUUAAAAAAUUGAUUCACAUGUAUAACUUCAAAUAUUCAGAUUACGUGAACUUAAUAUUUAUUUGGCUGGAGGGAUAUAGGCCUAUCUGAUAACUAUUUCACCUCGACCAGACAGUUGAGUUCAAUAGAAGAAAUAGGUUGAAAAUUAAAAAAAUUGAGAAAAAGAAAAUCAAAUCAUCAUAUCAACUCAUCUGUCUAGAAUUUUAUUUCUUCAAUGAAAGCAUCUUCCAGUAUUUAAAGGCCUUUUUGUAAAGAUAAAGCUAUGUGCCUGUAGUUUUCUUUGUUAAUUGUAUCUUAAUGUCAAAUUCCAAAGAUUAGGCUACUAAACUCAGACAAGCCAUAUUGAUUCUAAUUGUAGAAUCCUUUUUUGUUGUUUUUUGCCAAUAAGUAUGUGAUGAUGGUUUUAAAUUGUACAUGUGCAGCUUUUAUCUUGGCAAAAACCUACAAGUGCCAUGAAAAUAUUAAUUCAAACUCUUUGAUCGCAGCCUCUCUAAGGUUUAGCUUGUUCAGAUUAUGUUUCUGGAAAUAUCUAAUUGAGUUACUCUAUGAUAAUUAUAUUUGAUAAACAUUGUAAAAAUAUUGUAUUGUCAAAUAAUAAAAACAAAAAUCAUGUCAGUAUUUGUAUUAGAUUUUGAAAUAAAAUCUUGUUCAAUCCUUAAUAAUCUUAUUAAUGAAAUUCUGAUAAGAUUGUUGUAAAGGUUUGCACAGUCUUGAAUUCUUGCAUCAUGUGGUAAGUUAAUAGUUGCAUAAUGACUUUUCAUUGGGUAAACAUAAGUGGUGCACAAUUUUUUUUCUUUGAAUGUGUGAUUUCUUCACAAUGUAAUGUUGUUUUAAUCUUCAUGUUAUUUCAGUCAUGUUUGAAAUUCAUUUUUAUUUGAUUAGAAGAAUUUUUUUUACCCUGCUAACCCUGAAUCAGUGAGUUUUCAUGAGGAAGUAAUCAUAUCUCAUGAAUCAUGUAGUAGGGGAAAAAAAGUAAUAUUUAUCCUCCAAACUUCCUGGAAAUAUAUACACAAUUAUUGAGAUUUUAAACUUUAUUACUGGUAUCAGAGUUAAAAAAAUUGUUGCCAAGCAGUAUCCUUUUGCCACUGUAGAAAAGAAAUAUAUUAUUUCUCAGAUAUGUUUAUAAAAUGCUAUCAAAUGUCAUUUAUCAAAAUCCAUAGGAUUCGGAAAUGAGUAUAAAAAUUUCCAAGUGAAUUUUCCAUAGUAGAUUUUCUCACCCAAUUAUAUCACUCAGAUGUGCUAUUUUUUGUCAGUAAUAUGUUAGUUCUUUGAUGUUAUGUGUUUCACUUUAUUAGUAUCAGUUUUAUACUGCUUCCUAUAUUUAUGGAAUGUUGGCAGUAUAACAGUUCCCUCAAAGAUUUAAUAAGAUGAAUGCAAAGUUCAUAUACUUGGUACCAAGUCUUUCAUAUUAUGUUUCAUGUUUCAUUUGUCCUUACUGUUGAUUCAUAUUUGUCUACUUUAUCAGCAGUUCCGAUUCUAAAAAAAUAUAUCACAAGGAACGCAAGGACAUUCACUUUAAGGAAACAUGACAUUUUUUUGGGGGGAGGGGUGACAUGAACUGUUGUAUGCUAUACUCCUCACCCAUGCCCCACAACAAAUACAUGCUCUACUUACAUUGCACCCAUGCUACAAAUAUGUUGAGAACUUUAUAUGGUUUUCAUGUUUGCAUAAGAGUAUUCUCUAAAAUCUUAAUUACUAUUUAUGUAAUGCUCCCAACUACUCGUACAAUGGAUUGUACUUGCCUCCUCAUGAUUUGAUUGCAUAUUUUGGACCUAUCUGAGCAAUCUCACUUUUGACUUUUUAUGCAUGGAGUUUUGUUCGUCUAUUUGAUUAACAUAUUGAAUGUAAAAUUUUCAAUAUCUUCCCUUUUGUAAAUCUACAAUAUAUGUCAACCAAAUUGGAAUAUAUUAAUAUAUUUCUUCAAAUAUUUUUUAAACCUCAUUUGCACAAUAAUUAUAGCUUGAAGGAUUGGAAAUUGUAUUCCGUUUUUACCUAGAAGUUAUUUAUGGAGACUAUUGAAGGAGUACAUAAGCUACAAUUGAGCAUAUGUAGGCGCCCAUUUUUUUUUCUUCAAAUGGUGGUUAUCAUAUCAUUUUGAGUAUUUUGCUAGGAGAUAAUAUUAUUAAAACAUAGUCUGCUGAAAGUCAGACAGUUAUUAAUUUGAUUGACAAUCUCCAGUUAAAUUGAAGCAAAUUUUGUAAAGCUGUACUUUCCAUUUGCCAUAUAUGUUUUAUUAUUUUUCACAUAAAGUAUGUUUAGAACAAAAUAUUUAUGUUACUUUGGGUAGUGGAAUAUACCAAAAUAGUUGUCACAAUUGUCAUAUGUUUAAGCUAGCUUAUCAGUCUUCAAACUGUCAUCUGAAUUAAAUCUGAGUUUCAUAAUGAGAUAUUAUUCAUACUUUUCCUCCAGAAGAAAAUAUCAUGUGAAACAUUUCUUCAGUUUCGUGAAAUGGAGGACAAAAAAUAUGUAUCAAUCAUUCCAUUGGCAAUCAUAGAUACAUAAUUUUAUUUUAUAAACAGUACCCUUUGUUAUAAAAAUGACAUUACAUUUGUGGUUGUGUUUGUGAUAAUGUGGACAAUUUAUAUGAUAUAAUUUUCUUGUGUAUAUAAUUGUAUAAAAGAGAAGCUGCCUGCAGGUUGACUGGAUGUAACAAAUUGUGUACCGGGGAAUCAUAAUUCUUGUGAAUUAUUGAUAAUAUAUUGUGGAGGCACUUUAAAUUAGAGAAAUUCUGUUAAAAAAUAAUUAUAACAAGUUUAUUAGUAACUACAUACUGUGA